ACACACAACUGUUGAAAAGGAAUCGAAAUACAUAUAAAUAUAUAUAUAUAUAUAUAUAUACUGAAAUCAGAUCAUAGCAAAAUUCGAACGAUUCGCAUCAUGAACAGGCAUCGCUAUAACAAUGUGCAGCUAGAUGGGCUGACCUCGGGCCUGUUGAAGCAGCAGCAGCAACACCAGCAGCAGCUGCAACAAUCAGGCCAGCCGCCAGCUAAUGGCAAUGAGGAGCAGUUGCCCCUGUGGCCGAGCGAGCGCAUUGGGCCCGGUGGCAGCGGCGCCUUUCAUGCUCCAAAAGUGGAGUACAGCAAGGAGACUGCCGAUUUACUGAAGCUGCUCAUGAAAGAGUCCAAGAUGUCCAUGAUUAUGCGCAAGCAAAUCGAUAACAGUCUGCGCAAUGGAGAGCCGCUGCCGUUGCCAAAACCGCCGCGUCCCAACACCAACAAUGAUCUUAACAAGGAAACUCUGGCUAUACUAGAGCGUGCGCGCAAUGCCAAACGAAAAAACCUGCGCCAAAUUGAAGGUAGCGGCGCCUAUGAGAAGACCUAUUAUCGCCCGAAAGUGGACAAUCGCAUGAUCAGCGAUAAGGCCAAAUCCAAGCUGCAAUUGACCAUGGCAGGUGUUGAAUUGCCUGAUCCGGCUAUAAAGCCGCUUCGUCGUUCCCGUGAAGAUCGUUUGGUCACCGAAAACGAUAUAAUCAACGAAUUGCUGGAUCAAAUAAACGAGCGUGCAGAUUGGCUGGCCGAGAUGGAGGCGCUGGGGCAGGGUAAAAAAUACCGUCCUGAGAUACACGAUCAGAUAUCGGAGCGUUUGCAUCGCAUCCGUGCAUUGGAGACCAAAAUAAAGAUGAAGGCUGACGGAGGCUAUCGUUUUGUGGACUAGAAUGAAGUUUAAAAUAUAAUGUGUUAAAUGUUUAACGUAUAGAAAUAGUGUUAUACGACGAAUAAAUUGGAAAAACCGUUGAGCAACCGAA